GAACGUUGCACCGUCCCGACCCACUUCCUUCCUCUCCUUCUUCCCUCCUUCCGCUCACGCUGGUACAUCAUGGCGUCUGGACUGGUACGGCUACUUGUCCGGGGGCCCCGCGGCUUCCUGCAAGCUUCAGCCGCUCCGGAGCCCAUUCUGCAGAGCCGGGGCAUCAAGGGCGGCUUCCGCGCUGCUCUCCGCUUCCAGAAAGAGAGAGAGCGACGGCAGCUGCUCCGCUGCCCCCCGCCUCCCGUGCGCCGUUCAGAGAAGCCCAACUGGGACUAUCAUGCAGAAAUCCAGGCAUUCUGUCAUCGACUACAUGAAGACUUUUCUUUAGACCUUCUCAAAACUGCUUUUGUUAACAGAUGUUACAUUGAAAGUGAGGAAGCCAGGCGACAGAAACUGGGAGUAGGCAAAGAAGCUGUGGCUCUCAACCUUAGAGAUAAUCAAGAACUCUCAGAACAAGGGAGAGCCUUUUCACAGACAUGUCUCACACAGCUCCUUGGAGAUGCAUACCCAAACCUGCCCUCAGAAGGCACACAAGCAAUUGUGAAUUUUCUUACCAGUGAGGACAUUGUGUGUCACGUAGCCAGAAACUUGGCAGUGGAGCAAUUAACUCUAAGUGCAGAAUUUCCAGUCCCCGAGACAGUACUCCAACAGACUUUCUUUGCCGUAAUAGGAGUGUUGUUGCAAAGCAGUGGGCCUUUGAAAGCAUCGCUUUUUGUCAGGGACUUCUUAAUUACACAGAUGACUGGAAAAGAACUUUUUGAGAUGUGGAACGUUGUAAAUCCCAUGGGACUACUAGUUGAUGAGCUGACGAAAAGGAAUAUUUCUGCUCCUGAAUCUAGAAUUACCAGGCAGUCUGGAAGCAGCACAGUGUUACCACUGUAUUUUGUUGGUUUAUACUGUGAAAAGAAACUGAUUGCAGAAGGACCUGGUGAAACAGUGCUGGUUGCAGAAGAAGAAGCUGCUCGGGUGGCCCUGAGGAAACUUUAUGGAUUGGCUGAGAAUAGACGACCUUGGGACUAUUCCAAACCCAGUGAAAAAUUAAUGGAAAAAGUUACUGCUUUGAGUUAACUGGCCAAAAGCAUGUUAGCACUUGAACUCACGCAAAAAAAAAAAAAAAAAAAAAAAAAGAGA